AUGGUUCGCAAGUUCUUCGUCGGAGGCAACUUCAAGGCCAAUGGCUCCAUCAAGUCCAUUCAAGCCAUCGUCGAGAAUCUCAAUAAUGCUAAGCUCGAUCCCAAUACCGAGGUCGUCAUUUCCCCACCAAGCAUCUUCCUCCUCUCCACCGCUGAGAAGAUCGGAAACGGAGUCAAGGUCGCCGCCCAAAAUGUGUUUGACAAGCCAGAUGGUGCCUGGACUGGUGAAUUGACCAACAAGAUGUUGACCGAGCACGGCCUCGAGUGGGUUAUUCUUGGUCACAGCGAGCGACGAACUAUCUUCAAGGAAUCCUCUGAGGUAUACACCAUGUCGCAAUUUGUAUCUCUAAUCGGUUCAAAACUAAUAUGUUUUGUUGUGCAGUUCAUCGCCGAAAAGACCAAGGCUUCUCUUGAUGCUGGAUUGAGCGUCAUCCUUUGCAUUGGUGAGACUCUCGAGGAGAGAGAAGCCGGAAAGACCCUCGACGUCUGCUGUGGUCAAUUACAAGCUGUUGCCAAUGUCAUCCAAGAUUGGGCUAUUGGCACCGGAAAGGUCGCCACUACUGAGCAAGCUCAGGAAGCCCACGCUGGCAUCCGUGCAUGGCUUGCUAAGACCGUUUCCUCAGAAGUCGCUGAGGCUACUAGAAUCCUCUAUGGCGGUUCCGUCAACGAGAAGAACGCCGGUGAACUCGCCAAGCAACCCGACAUUGACGGUUUCCUCGUCGGUGGUGCCUCGCUCAAGCCAGCCUUCGUCGACAUCAUCAAUGCCAAAUCAGCUUAG